AUGAGAAUCCUGAAAAAAAGAUUCAACAUAAAUAAAGUGGAUGAUAAAAAAGUUUUCCUUAUGGAUAUUGGAAUGGUUUUUCGUCCAUUUGGUAUCAAUGAGAAACUCCUUGAUGAAUUUGAAAUACCGAUACCAAUUUGCAACGGCAACUUUUCAUUGCAAGGAAACUUAGCAAACAUAGCGGAAAUGCUCGGAGGGCAGAUAAACAGAGAGAUAUUUGAUCUCGUGUUAAAACAAUUAGAGAUUGAUGAUAUCAUUAAGGAAGGGACAUGCACUUUACCUCCGCCACCUACAAAUUGCCCAUCGGUCAUGGACAUUUCACAAAUGAUACCACAAGCCAUUGAAAAUAAUUUACAAUGUAAUUUGGCUGAAAACUGUUACGGAAUAUCAUGCUGCGUCAAUAUAAACUUUUCAAUUCCGAUGUCGAGUAUUGAAAUGAACAUAUCAUUUCCGGUUUGGUUUCAACUAGAUCCCUGCGAUUUUCGAAUCAACACGGGCAUUGGCCCCUCUCAAUUCGAGGAGCAACUUUUAAAAUAUGAGUGGGGAAAGGAAUCAACAAUAGAACUUCUGUCCGGAGACAAUGCGCCAAUAAAGAUAAUAUAUGCAAUAGACAACUUCGGCGAUGGAUUCAUAACAAAUCUUCGUUUAGAGAUAUGUUUACCUAUAGAUGACACGAAAUAUUGCAUUCUUCCUGACGGUUUUGUGCUUUUAGAGGACGAGCAAAUACCGGCAUGUUCACUGACUGCUUGGACUAAUCUAACAGACUUCUCAUUUGAAGAAUGGGUGAUUUCGAAAGGAGAGAGUAUCGAAGAGCAACUAUCAAAUGCAGGGAAAGACGCACUCUUAGAUCUUCUUGGCUUGAAUGAAUUUCUGCUUUCGCCGCCAUGUGACCGCAAAAGAGGUCCAUACAGUCCGUCUAUGAGUGGAUGGAAUAAUUUAUGUCCGAAUAGUUUUGUCAACCUUCCCUCCAAGCUGCCGAGUUAUUUUUCAUGUAGUGUACCAGACUAUUGUACAGGAAUCAACUGCUGUCUGGAGGUUAAACAAAUUGGACUUUCAAUUAACGCAUUUAUAGACAUAGACAUGUGUAACUACACUAUUUCCGGAGGAAUUGAAACUCUGACAUUCAACUUUUCUCUUUUCAACUACGAUUGGGGUAAGACAGAAACGGUUUCAGUAAAGGACAUCUUUCGAUUAAGGUUUUCAAUUAAAAAGCCUACCAACGAAAAUGUGUUCAUCAUAACAAUGCGAUUAGCCGUGUGUCUUGAACGAGAUGGAAGAUGCAUUAUUGAUGAAAAAGUACUAGAUGGCACAAAGGUUCCUCAACCAGGAUGUGACAUGUCCAUAGAUAUAUCAAAUUUUUCAGCUGCAGUUUGGUUUGAAAAUAAUGGUCUUGGAAAUCUAAGUAUUACUGACGAGCUAUGGGGUGAUGCUAUUACUUUUUUAUCAGAAGUUGUUGGUCUAGAUAAACACUUCUUAGAUGAGCAAUGUGACAUACAAACAGAUCCUUACAAAAAUGCCACAAUGAGCUGGUAUAAUGAGUGUCAAUUUUUGAAAGCGGACCUCCCUGACUUGCCGGAUCAUUCAGUCUGUCACAUCGGUACUUCAUGCACAUCACUUGCAUGUUGUAUAAAUGUUAACUUUCUUCGACGAUCUUUACAAGCGUCUUUUGAGAUUGACUUUUGCAAUUACACAAUUAAAGGGAAUUUAGAGAAGUCGAAUUUUAAAUUUGAUCUAAUCGACUUUAAAUGGGGAUAUGAGGCAAAAGAAAAAGUCUUAGAUCUUCUUCAAAUUAGGUAUAAGCUCGACAAAACUGACAAACACUUCAUUUUCGAUCUCUCUGUUGAAGUAUGCAUGGAUUCUAGGACAUCUUGCCAGCCGUCCAUAGAUAUCUACAAGAAAGCUAUGAUACCCAUUCCUGUGUGUAACUUAGAUGCAGGAUUUACUAUUGGAAGCUUUUCACUCAAUGAAUGGUUAAACAAUGUUGGCAGUUCGAUUGAUGAUAAUCUUCCUACAGCAGUUGUUGCUUUACUUCUAAGCCAAUUAAAUAUUGACAAAUUUCAACAAGAAACACCCUGCUCUUCAUCUGAUGUAAUGUUCAUGAAUACAUCAAAUGGAUGGAAUUCAGAAUGUAACGCUUCCUUUACACUACCGUCACUGCCAGAUGAAAUGGUGUGCUACAUGGGUGACACAUGUACAAGUAUUGAAUGUUGUGUAUCUGUUGAUAUACUAAGAACAUCUAUCCAUGUGAAAUUUCUCCUCGAUACCUGUAGAUACAAACUUACAAUGGGAAUUGAGCGUUUGGAGACGGAAGUAAUCUUACUGGACUAUCAAUGGGGCAAAACAGGACAUUUUACUCUCGGAGGAGUUUUUCAAAUAGAGUACAGAAUCGAUGACCUGCAAAGUCAGAAGAAGUUUAUUGUAAAUGCGAAGUUGAAGAUUUGUUUUGAACAAGAGUAUUGUCUCUAUGAAAUCGACAUUCUAUCAGACGCUUAUAUUCCAAAACCUCUUUGUGACUGGAAUGUUCGAAUCACGGCACCGGGUUUUUCACUAGAUGACUGGAUAAGCCAAGAGGGUUAUGACUUUGAAAGCGGAUCAUUAAAGGAAUACAUGAUAGAGAAAUUGUUUGAUACGCUUGGACUGUCCAAAUAUUUAGACGAAAAUGAAUGUAAUAGAGAAAUGCAUCCGUUUACAAAUGGUUCGAAUGGCUGGACAACAGACUGUCCUAGAACAUUAGAUACCAUUGGACUUCCAGAUGUGAUAUCAUGCCAUAUUCCGACGUACUGCACAGGAUUUGAUUGUUGUGUUUACAUGGAUAUAGUGAAGCGCUCUUUCAAACUGUAUUUACAUAUUGACACUUGUAAUAACAUGUUUUCAAUUGGGAUUGAAAAGUUCGGAUUGAACGUUUCUCUUCUUGAGUACGAGUGGGGAAAAGCAGAACAGUUCUCGUUAUUUGGUGCAUUGCGGAUAAGUUACUCUGUAUUAAACUUGGCUACAGAACACCAAUAUGUGAUUAAUCUGGACAUGUCUUUAUGUAUCAAAGAAUCGACUUGUGAAACUACCUUUUCACUUUUAAAAGAUGCAAGAAUUCCAAAAAUAGGAUGCGAAAGGAAAGAGUCUUUAUCAGAUUUCAAAAUGGAUCAGUAUCUAGACAGUAUCGGAGUUCGGCUUGGUGAUAUAGAGAAUACUUUGUCUGGCAUCGUAGCUGACAAACUGCUAGAAACACUUGGUGUCUCUAUGUAUAUUCUUGAGGAGCAAUGUGAACAUACAGUUAGCAAUGAACAAUAUAUUACAAAUGAAUGUGACGCAUUAGAUAUUGACUUGAAGACUCCUGAUAUAAUGACAUGUAUCAUACCUACACAUUGUACCGGAAUCACGUGCUGUAUCAAUAUUCCACUGAUUGGUAGAUCAAUAAGUGUUACAGUUGACCUCGAUGCCUGCACAUACCAACUUUCAAUUACUAUCGAAAAACUCAAACUGGACAUACGACUUUUCGAAUACGAAUGGGGGACAUGGCAGCAGUUUGACAUUAAAGAUGUUUUUAGAUUGAAGUAUCGCAUCGAUGAUCUUGAAUCAAGUAAACAGUUUGUUAUAUCCGUACGCUUCCUAGCUUGUUUUGACAGUGAAACAUGCAGCGUUGAUGAAUCUAUUGUCGAUAACCUAUUACUUCCCAAACCCCUGUGUAACUUCGAAGGAUCAUUCAAUAUUCCUGACUUUAGUCUUCAGAAAUGGAUCGAUGAUAACGGAAACAAACAAACAGACUCACUUUCAGAUAUACUAAGAUCAAUAUUAUUUGAACAACUUGGUUUGACACCUUACUUACUCCAAGACGAAUGCGAUGUCGGGGUAGACCCCGGAUGGACAAAAGAUUGCCCGCUUAAUGCGUCUUUGCCGUCACUUCCGUCAAAUAUAAAGUGUGCCAUAGGGGAACGAUGUUCUGGAUUUACAUGCUGUGUAAAUGUUCCAUUGCUACAACGGUCGUUUUCGUUUUACUUUGAUCUAAAUACCUGCAAUUUCUUACUAUCAGCUAGAAUAGAGAAGUUGGUGUACAAUCAAUCACUUGUCAACUAUGAAUUUGGUCAUAAGAAAACAGUCGAUUUAUUUGGCGUUGUCAAGCUAUCCUAUACCAUUUUUGAUGACAAUACUCUGUCUGUAUUCAAACUUUCUGCGGAAGUAAGCAUAUGUUUAGACUCAAACAGUCCAUGCAGUCCUGUUAUUGCAUUGAUGGAUAAAAUACAGUUUCCAAAACCACUUUGUAAUUGGGACAUGCCUUUUAAAGUUCCAGGUUUCGACAUUGACAAUUGGCUUCAAGAACAUGGCAUAACAGAACAAGCUUUAAGAGACACGUUCCUUGCGCAAUUAAUAGACACACUCGGCUUGUCACAUUAUUUCAAAGAUAAUGAGUGUAGCCAACAAGAAACUCCAUACAAAUAUAGUGUGAAUGGCUGGAAUACAGAUUGCCCUUUGGCUAUGAUGUUGCCCCAAUUGCCCGACGAAUUACGAUGUUAUGUACCAGAUUAUUGUACAGCCGUUGAAUGUUGCCUUGAUGUUGGGUUACUUAAAAGAGGAUUUAGCGUAAUUCUGUCGAUUGACGCAUGUUCUAACAGACUUGUUGUCGGUAUAGAGGACCUCCAAUUGAAUGUGUCCCUUAACGAUUAUAACUGGGGUUCUACAGAAGUGAUUACUUUAUUGGGUAUUAUUCAAAUUACAUACAAAAUAGAAAAUUAUGAGAAAAGCAGACAAUAUGUCGUAGAUGCUGGAUUAAAGGUAUGCCUUAGCCAUGACAAUUGUGAAUUUCAAACAACAUUACUGGAAAAUACUACAUUUGCAAAACCACUUUGUCGCUGGGAUUCAGACUUCUUGAUACCAGAUUUUUCCCUUGAUGCGUGGCUGGAUGAGAAUAACGUAAUUGAUAUUACACAUCUUCAAACGAAUGUGAUAGAUAAACUUUUGAAGGAGAUCGGUCUUAAUCAAUAUCUGCAAUUAGAACAAUGCGACAGAGCAACACAACCAUUCUCAAAAUUAGCUAGGUUUCAGUCAGAAUGUCGUGAAGAAAUACAGUUGCCUGAUUUGCCUGAGACUAUAUCAUGCUAUCUGUCGGAAAGGUGCACCAGUAUUCGCUGCUGUGUUGAUGUCGAUGUCAUACAAAGGAGUUUUGACAUAACUCUAAAUUUGGACACAUGCAACUAUAUUCUCGAAGCACAAAUUGAAAACAUGAAACUAGAUGUACCUCUUGUUGAUUAUAAAUUUGGUGAAGAGAGUAAAGUGUAUCUAUUUGGUGUCAUUAGGCUUCUAUUUAAAAUAGAAAAGGUCGACGAAACUGCAUUUAUCAUCGAUGCAACGAUUGAUGUUUGUUUUGAAGCAAGUGGAGCUUGCAUUUUCUCCUCCAAAAUUCUGAAUAAUGCAAGAAUACCUAACGUCUUCUGUUCUCAUGGAUUUGGAUUCCAGAUUCCCGGAUUUUCUCUAGAUGUGUGGUUAAAGAAUAAUGGAAUACGAGCCGGUGAAACUAUCGGUGGAGCACUUCUUAGUAACUUAUUCAGUGCCUAUGGUAUUGAUAACUACCUACAGAGUGAUCAAUGUGUAUUGCAAGAUUCGAGAUUCGAUGACAAGCAAGGUCAUUAUGAAAAUAUUUGA